UAGGUCCUUUUCGUUCUGGCUUCUACGCGGAGGUGGUUAGAAAGUCGGAUGAGUAUCUGGAUAUAAUUGAAAACAGAUCAAUGAAAAUCAAGCGGAAGCUCGAGAUAGCCACACAAGACCUCGUUAACGUUCUCAAUCAAAAAGUCGUACCUCCACGCUAUGACAGGCCAUUGGAAUUCUUCAUCUAUCUCGACGAAGCACACACUCUGGCGCAGGAAGGCGAACUCGGUAGCCCUCCUUCCAGCGCUCUGGACAUCUUUAAUACAGUCUUGGGAUGGCUAGUGGAGUUUCCGUUCUUCACGAUAUACAUAUCCACAACCAAUCUUGAGCCAGCGGCUACUAUGCCUUCUAUUUCUGUUUCUUACCCUCAGGCUGUGCCUCGUCAGGAACCCAAUACUCCAUUCACCGAGCUCCCCUUUGACGUAUUCGCACGCGACGUCGUGGGGUAUCUUCGUGCUCUAGGAGGAGGACGCAUUUUCCUUGAAGACAUGCAUAGUGAACAAUACCUGAGAAAGUUCGGGCGACCUUUAUGGAACAGCCACUGUCUCGAAAACUACCCAAAUAAAUACUGGAUCCAAGAUGAACUAAGCGCCGGGCAGACCAUCAGAGGUCGGGAGGACCUCCUUUAUGCAUGUGUGGGCCUUACUGUCCAGUUCGACUUUGACCGCUCGUCCCCCGCCGCCCGAGCCACGCAAGCCAAACUCGUGCGAUCUCACUUGAAGAUUCCCCUUGUCGUCCCUCGAGACGGGCAAUGCACGAUCACUGGGUACCCAUCAGAACCCCUCCUCGUCGAAGCAGCAUCCCAGCUAUUCCCAGGAGGUCAACUCGAAACAUACAUCCCACACGCACUCGACAAGGCAGAUUUGGAGGGUAUCCUCGCCAAGGAUAACCGACCCCAGCUAGUCGGCAGGUGCAUCGUCAUCCUCGCCCAACGAAGCGCCGUUUCCCGUUUCCUCCCUUCCUCCCGAUUGCCAUUCGGAUAUAUGGUAGCCCACGGUCACCCAGUUCCCGUCCUGGUCCUCCUCAACCACAUGUUCAACCAGAAAUGGCGAGACUCCAUCUUGAACAUCCGGCCUGUUGGUGACGAACACGGACCUCCUCUCCGCGAAGCGUUCAAGGAUGUCUAUGUCAAUUUCACUCAUUUCGCUGAAGCUGGCGACAGCAAGGUCAUGCAGUACCUGCCCCAUAUGAUGCUUCGGUUCUUGAUGUACGGCUGCUGCUCUAUGAACUCUGUCGACUUGAUCACUGCGAUGCACCAUGGUUCCCUCCAGAAUCCUCUCUACGAUAGCUCGACGUCUCAGCUGGCUUUCCAGAUCCAAAACUGUGCUGAAGAGGUUCCAGUUUUUGGUGGAACCACAGACUGUUACGCCGGCUCGAAAGGACCUUCCUGUGCUGUCGUUGCUUAUGCAGUUGGGGAUCGAGGAUAGGUCGAGGCAUCGGGUCGAGUCACUCAAGCCCGGAGCGCGCACCGAGAGCAUCCACCGGAAGCAUUAUCAGAUUAACGCCGUCGGAUGUUCUUCCGAGGUUUUCACUGUGAUUCCAGUGAAGGGAGAGUGUACCUAUCAGAGACUGUUGCGUCCGACGUCCAGAGAUGACUUUGCUAGGAAGCAUAAAGAUGCGAAUCUUUCGGCCUUUCAUACACAGAAACCGGCAUUUUUCGCUGAUAAAGUUGAGUCGUGGAACUGGCUGCAGGACGGGAUAAAGAGCGAGGAGGAUAUCAAGAAGGCUUUGGUAAUGCGAACCUGGACACGUAAUGUACGCAAUUCCGCAAUUCUUAUAUGUAGUAACAUACUGUAGUAAUAGCACACUUGCCUUUCGGAU